ACAUUUAUUUAUUUUCAGUUGGCGUAUUAUUUUGAAAUACAAGACCGGAAGUCGUGCAUUAUACUCUGUGCAUUUUGACGGCAGUAUGCAGAAGGCUCUCCCGGAACUCUGCAGCCGCAUCGGCUCUAAUUUCAAUAUCGGGGUUCGGUCCAACAUGGCGGCUUACGGAUGGAAAUACUGAUGACAGUCCGAAAGAUCGCCUCGAUUUGUACGAUGGGCGCCAAUGCCUCUGCCUUGGAAAAGGAGAUUGGACCGGAACAGUUUCCCGUUAAUGAACACUACUUUGGAUUAGUCAACUUUGGCAACACCUGCUACUGUAACUCAGUGCUGCAGGCUCUGUAUUUCUGUCGACCGUUCAGGGAGAAGGUGUUGGCAUACAAGGUGCAGCCGCGUCGUAAGGAGUCCCUCCUCACCUGUCUGUCUGACCUGUUCAACAGCAUUGCCACACAGAAGAAGAAAGUCGGAGUCAUCCCUCCCAAGAAAUUCAUCUCACGACUGAGAAAAGAAAAUGAGCUGUUUGACAACUACAUGCAGCAGGACGCCCACGAAUUCCUCAACUACCUCCUCAACACCAUCGCAGACCUGCUGCAGGAGGAGAAGAGCCAGGAGCGACAGCAGAAUGGAAAACUGGUGCAGAAUGGAGGAGGAGGGACAGGAGGAGGAGGAGGAAGUGGAGGAGGAAGUGAGGGAGGAGAAGGGGAAGGAGGAAAGGAGACACAACAGACUUGGGUCCAUGAGAUUUUCCAGGGAACACUGACCAACGAGACUCGCUGCCUCAACUGUGAAGCUGUGAGCAGUAAAGACGAGGACUUCCUGGAUCUGUCGGUGGAUGUGGAGCAGAACACCUCCAUCACUCACUGUCUCAGGGGCUUCAGCAACACAGAGACGUUAUGUAGUGAAUACAAAUACUACUGUGAGCAGUGUCGCAGCAAACAGGAAGCCCAGAAAAGGAUGAGGGUAAAGAAGCUGCCGAUGAUCCUGGCCCUCCACCUGAAGCGCUUUAAAUACAUGGACCAGCUGCACCGCUACACCAAACUGUCCUAUCGCGUCGUCUUCCCCCUGGAGCUCCGCCUCUUCAACACCUCCGGGGAUGCCACCAACCCCGACCGCAUGUACGACCUGGUGGCUGUCGUUGUACACUGUGGCAGUGGGCCAAACCGCGGACACUACAUCACCAUCGUCAAGAGCCACGGCUUCUGGCUGCUGUUUGAUGACGACAUCGUAGAGAAAAUCGACGCUCAGGCGAUUGAGGAGUUCUACGGUCUGACAUCGGACAUUUCCAAGAACUCUGAAUCAGGAUACAUCCUGUUCUACCAGUCCAGAGACUGAACCAGACAGUGGUAAAUCCCCAACAGACUGUCACUCAACAGAGGGGAAGGCUGUUAUGGCUGCCACCGACUCCGCCCAGUAGGCUCACAUAAGUGUCCAGGCUUUAUAUCCUGCAGGGGGAGCUUGCACUGGAGCGGCACUCGUAUCGGUUAAGACGUGCAGGUCGCAUGCCAGCCUCCUGGAUUACAACCGUUCAAAUCCUCUGAGCCCACACUGCAAAAAGCACUUUAAAACAAACAAACAAGAUGGCUCAAUCUGUAACACUCGCUUUGCACUGGGGCAACUGGGAAGACCGAGUAACACCAAUCCAAGAGGCUGACAUCGCCGUGUCCACGGUGAUCCAUUUUUGGAGGUCAAAGCCAUUUGGGGCUGUUGAGAUGAUUUUAGAGUAACCAAAUCAACUGUUUCUGAUGAGACACAGGAUUGCUAUCCUCCUCGUCACGGUAACCAUCAGUGUCAUCACAGUCUUCUUUAGCCUAUAUAUGCCGUGCUAAAUUAGCUUUAGGCUAACACACAGGUACCAUGCGUUCACUCCCCAAAAAUCCUUCUGCAGACGGAGAAACUAAUAUCUGACAGCCUUGUUAAAAGCCCCACCUGCCAAAACAACUCACACAGCCUUUAGUGAUUGAAAAUCUUGAACGUGUACUUGGAGCGCAGCUCGUUGAAGUUGCUAGUUUGCAGUGUUUGUUUAAUGAAGUGGUGCUAAUAACGUAUAGUGUUAUAGAGCGUGAAAUGAAAACAAGCCACCAGAGAGAUGUGGAAGAAUCCGAUAGAGAGGCUCAUUAUGUUAGUUUUUUUACCAAGAAAUUAUCUUGGAUAUAAAAAAAAAAAAAAAGUAAUAAUUGGAGAGAGAAAAAAAUACGAAAUGCUGUACAAAAAUACAAUUACAUUAAAAGAGGGGCUGUAAAUUGCAGUUAAAGUCAGUUUGUCCAAUCUAGACGGUCUUUAGCAAAAAUUGGCAAAAACAAUGAGCCUCACAGAUCACCAACAAUCCUGUUUCAGUUUUUAAAGGCUAGCUAGCAAAGCAAUGCGUGAAAGUGGCUGGUAAAAGUUUUAGUUUUAAAGUAACUGGUGUGUCGUGCCAUUACGGGUCAUGUUUUGUGCCACAGCGGUUAAAAAGAUAAACAUAAACUAACUUUCUUUCAAGCGGGCUUUUUGUGGUUAUGACAGCAAGCACAGUCUUUCAAAGAUCUGUGUUUUAACAUUUUAUGACUUGCCAGAAUAUGCACAUUUGUACCAUUUUCAAAGGGACACAUACAGAGACAAAUACUUUUUAUUUCCUUUAAGUCAGUUCUGACACCCAAACUGUCACACUACGUACAGAUUGAAUGUCUGCAUUUAGUGUUUUGUCCUUUUUUGUUCCUUAUUAAUGCUUUAUUUCCAGAGAUCUAACUCUUAACGCCUCCAUACAUAUGCCGAUGCUGCAGCUGGUUCACUACACCUCAUUAUAUCAGGCACCAAUCACACGCCGGCGAAUUCCGACUCUGGCUUAAGCGUUGCUCCUGCAGCUGCAGCUCUGGCAGGCAGUCAGACCUUUUACAUAACAUGUUUUUCACUCCAGAAUCUUAAAUUGGAGCUCUCAGUGAUGCUAACGCUCUGCUGAUGUGGAGCUUGUGCAUUGUUUGUUGAUGGCAUGGCAUAUUUCAUGCAGUACGACGAAAACUGCUGAGACACAGGUCUCAGUGGUUUUAAAAUGGAUUCCUCUCCUCCAUAUCUUUUAACCCUCCUGUUGUCCUCGGGUCAAAUUUGACCCGUUUUCAAAGUUUCUUUAUCAGAAAUUUGGGUUUCUUUCAAGCAAAUUGCACAAAAAUUACACGGAUGGUUUCUAUAGAAACGCUCUUCGAGUAUAAUUAAUGAUAAGUUCCCUACUUUAAUUUAAUUGUGGUCUAGCUCUAGCACAAAAGGAAAGGUUUCCAGAUGGUAACAACUUCUGAUUUAAUGUUGACACAUCCUAUUUUAACAAAUACAAAUGCGUAACAUUUGCAGCUUUCUCUCUAUCUCUUAUCCUUGUAAAUUCAAACAGCUUUUUCAGUUGUUGGUUAGACAUAAAUCUACAACUGAAUGUCUUCCUCAGCUCUAGGAAUUAUCUGGCCCUUUUCUUAAAAAGAUUUGAAGAAAAUAAAUCAAUGAAUAGUUAAAACUAUCAUUAGUGGCAUAAAUAGGCUACAUUUUAUCAGCUUGGAAAAACUGGAAAAACAUUGCCAAUACUUUUUUAGUAGCUAUGAAAAAGAUGUGCUUCUUGUGGUUUUUUUUACAAGAUUAUUUCAGUAGAUGUAAUGGUAAUUACAAUUGGCAUCAAUAAUAACCAUCUUAGAUGUACAGACAUUAACUCUUGAAAUGGUUGAAUGUCUCUAAUAGGGCUUCAACUAACAAUUUAAGGCUAAAUUAUUGCUGCUAUUUCGACUUCAUUAGUCUAUAAAACGUCAAACCAGUAAAAAGUGCACAUCUUACCUUCUCACAAACGAAGGGGAUGUUUUCAAAGUUCUUGUUUUCUCCUACAAAGCAAAAAAAUUUACAAUGAUAUAAAAAAAGAGAAAAAUACCACAUUCUCACAAAAUUGAGAAGCUAUAGCCAAUACAUGUUUGCGAUUUUUACUGGAUAAGUAACUUUAAUUCUUAUCUGAUUAUCAAAAUAAUUGAAUAUAUUUUUUCUGUCAAUUGACCAAUCAGUUAAUCGACUAAUCGUUUCAGCUCUGAUGGUUGCAAGGAAGAGUCUUAGUCAUGCUGAGAUAAAAGAGUGCUUUCAAAUGGGUUUUCAUUUUUCUAAGGAAAGGAGAAAUGGGAGCCAUUUUAAAGCCAUUACUUGUUAACUCGAGCCGACUGAUGGGCAACAACCUCCUUUAUCACCUCUGUUGUUUUUGAUUUAACACAAACAAACCAAAUGUAUUUUUUUUUAGACUUGUUUUUUAAAGUAUGUUUUACACCACCAAGCUCGUGAGGCUCCACCCAACUGGGCUGUCCAAGGUUAACAAACAAGCUCACCCCUUCACUCUUUGUAACAGAGCUGCAGCAGAUGGAAAGAGAAUGGAAACAUGCCUGUAGCCUUUAAAGAUGUUUAUAUUCUACAGUAGUUGAGUGGCCCGGGUAGUGGGUCAACUAUUAUCUGAAUGUUAAAUGUACAGUAAAAUAAAAUUAGGGCUGCUGCUGCUUGACCUGUAAAACACCAUAUGGAGUUGGGCAUGUCUCAAUAAUCUAAAGUUGCUCUCUCUCGUGCUAAAACAAGAAAAGCACUUUUACAGCAUUCAUUUGUAACAAAUACUAUUAUUCUGAAA